AUGUACACAAAUUCGUUUGAAACGGGUUCAAAACAAGACAUAAGUGCUUCUGAUUUUCAACAAGAUGAUGCGGGAUUAAUAUAUCAACCUUCAACUUCCAAUGAUUCUCCUUUAAUGCCAUUAUUUAAUUCUCCGAAAGCUUAUGGUUCCUUUGAUACCACUGUACCAUUCUCUCCAAAUCAAGCGAUGGAAUUUUCUUCGUUCCCAUUUUCGAAUUCCUCGGAAAUUUCUGGAUCCUCUACCAACGUGUCGACUUUUCAGAAUUCCUUUCCAAAUCAAGAGAUGGAAUUUUCUUCGUUCCCAUUUUCGAAUUCCUCUACCAACGCAUCGGCUUUUCAGUUUUCCUCUCCAAUUCAAGCGAUGGAAUUAUUAAAUGAACAGCCAACAAUUUCUAAUUUAUUCCCAUUUUCGAAUUCCUCAUUUAUCUCGGAAGAUUCUGGAUCCUCUAUCGACGCGUCGGAUUUGUCGGAUUUUCAAUUUUUCUCUCCAAAUCCAGCGAUGGAAUUUUCUUCGAAUUCCUCAUUUAUCUCGGAAGUUUCUGGAUCCUCUAUCAGCUCAGCAAAUAACCAGCCGACAAUUUCCAACCAUUAUUGCUCGUUCCUACUCUCGGAAGCUUCUGGUUCUUCUGAUACCACUGCGCCAAAUACCAACACUUCUUAUUAUCAGGUUCAUUCUCCAGAUAAUCAAGGUUUAAUCACGGAGACAACUACCACACCUGAAAGUUCUCAACAUGACGAGAGUUGUAAAGAAACACAACUAUGGAAUAAAGGUGCCACUAAAUCCUUUCUAUCAUGCUUAAAAGAAAAUAAAAAAGAUGUUCAAUUAUUAGCAAAACGUGGUAAGACAGCUAAAAAAGUUAGAAAACUGCUCUGGGAAAGGGUCUCCAUUUGGCUUAAGAACGAUCAGUAUAAUAUUACUGAAUACCAGUGUGAGAUUAAGUGGAAAAAUACUAAACAGGAUCAUGAAAUUCUUCGAAAAGAUUAG